AUGGUACAGUUUGGACGUGUUGUUACUGCCGAAGAAUUAAAUGAAGCAAUAAAAAAAAACAAUUUAAAUAAUUGUAAGAUUUUAGAUUGUACCUAUUUUGUUGAUACUAAACCUGAUCCUGUUUGGUUUAGAGAGCAUGAAUAUGGAAAAUUUGAAAUAUUAAUGGAAAAAGAAACACCACAAAAGCAAGCAUAUGCUGUUGAACAUAUACCUGGUGCAAUCUUUUUUGAUUUAGAUUGUGCAAUGUAUCCUGGAGAAAUAGAAAGAUUUUCUUUCUAUCCAAAAGAAAUAUUUCAGGAAUAUAUUCGUGCAUUAGGAAUUAAUGAAAAUGAUCAUCUUAUUUUGUAUAGUAGAGGACCAGCUGGUGGUAAUAUGUUUGCUGCAAGAGUUUUUCAUCUUUUUCAAAUUUAUGGACAAGAAAAGUUAUCUCUCUUGUCUGGUGGAUUUGGAAAAUGGAAAGAAUUAGAAUUUCCAGUAGAACAUGAUGUAUCAAUUAUUCAUGAAAAAGGAAAUUGGACAGCUAAAUGCAAUAAAAGAUUUAUUAUUGAUUACCAUGUAUUAACUAAAAAAGAUUCCGAAGGAAAAGAUCUUUUUGAUGGAGCUGGAAAUACCAUAACAAUUUUGGAUGGAAGACCAGAAGCGCAAUUUAAAGCAUCCCAUUUAAAAGGUUUUCAAAAUCUUCCUUUGGAAUUACUUAUUAAUAGUGAUGGGACAAUUAAAUCAAAAGAAGAUGUUAUGUCAUUACUUGAAAAAUUAAACAUUAAAACUGAUAAACAAAUCGUCACAACAUGUUUAACAGGAACACAAGCUUCACUUAUUUCUUUUGUCUUUGAAAAUAUUCUUAACAAAGAAACUGUUUUAUACAAUGGAAGCUUAAUUGAAAUUCAACACCGUGACCCUUCACGUAUUGUAUCAUCUGUUUAA